UUUCCAUCCAGAGUCUUUACUCUAACUUCAUUUUCUUGUUCAGACGGAUCUCGAUUCUCGACGGCGGCUUUCUUCCUCUUCUCGCUCUCGAUCGGAGCUUCUCUCGCUCGCCUGCAUCCUCUCCUCUUUUUCUCAUGAGCCCCUCUCGCCUGCGUCCUUCGCCUGCAUCCUAUUCCUUCUCUAUUCUGUUUUGUCGAGAAUCUCGCGACGCGACCGCCUGCUCCGCCUUCUGUGUGAGUCUCGACUGCCUGCUCCGCCUUCUCCACAGAUGGAUUCAUCCGAAAAAUUUCGAUAGAUAUUGAAGAAUAUAAUACGUAUCUUCUGGUGUCAGCCUAGCAGCUCAAUGGUAAUCCCAUCAGCAGAUGAAUCAUCAGCUGUAGUAAUGUCUGGGCUGAUUGAAGGACUUCCAGACGCCGUCGCCCUAAGAUGCCUUGCGCAUGUGCCCUUAACCCUCCAUCCAACGCUAGAACUUGUUUCUCGUUCUUGGCGGGCGGUUGUGCGUAGUGCUGAACUCUUUAAAGCCCGACAAGAAGUCGGGUCAUCUGAGGAUCUCUUGUGUGUGUGCGCUUUCGAUCCCGAGAAUCUCUGGCAGGUGUAUGAUCCUCUCAACGACCGUUGGCUCACCCUCCCUGUCCUCCCGUCCAAAAUCCGCCAUCUCUCCCAUUUUGGUGCUGUAUCCACCGGCGGUAGGCUGUUUGUGCUGGGUGGAGGAAGCGAUGCUGUCGAUCCGCUAACCGGUGAUCAAGAUGGGACAUUUGCAACGGAUGAAGUCUGGUCCUACGACUUCAUACAAAGACGUUGGACUCCACGGGCAUCCAUGCUUGUUCCCCGUGCAAUGUUUGCGUGUUGUGUUCUGAACGGGAAGAUUAUUGUUGCGGGGGGCUUCACAACCUGCCGGAAAUCGAUUUCGCAAGCGGAGAUGUACGAUCCGGAGAAAGACGUGUGGACAUCGAUCUCAGACCUGCACCGGAGCCAUAACUCGGCAUGUUCAGGGCUGGUGAUAGGAGGGAAAGUGCACGUUCAGCACAAGGGGUUGUCAACAGUGCAGGUGCUGGACAGCGUGAGAAUGAGGUGGACGGUAGAGGAGUACGGAUGGGCGCAGGGGCCGAUGGCGGUGGUGAAGGAUGAGAUGUACGUGAUGAGCCAUGGGGUGAUAAUGAGACAGGAAGAGAGAGAGAGGAGGAGAGUGGUGGUGUCGGCGUCAGAGUUCAGGAGGAGGAUCGGGUUUGGGAUGAUGGGAUUGAUGGAAGAGGUUUAUGUGAUAGGAGGGGUCAUAGGCCCUGACCGUUUCAAUGGGGACAUCAACCCGCUCUCUGACGUCGAUGUCUUGGGGGUUGCCACCGAUCGCCCUACCUGGCGGAGGGUGGCUCCUAUGACUCGUUGUCGCGGCACUAUCCUUGGCUGCACUCACCUCCGCAUCUGACGGUUACUAUAUAAACAAGCACAGACACGUUUUUCUUGUUGGUCUUAAAUGCCAUAUUGUAGCAACACCGGUGGAUUGUCUACACUUUUCCUUGAGCGACUACACAUCCUUCCAAUGUGUAAUAUUGGUUUUUUUUUUUAAAAAAAAGAUGAUAAACUGUA